GCUCUGUCCGCGCGCGGGGAGCGCAGCUUGGCGCCCCGCCGUAGCGCUCAUGAUCAGCGGUUUUCCGAAGCCCUGACUCCUCAGGGUGUAGCAUCUGGCCGCGAUGAACGCGAGCGCAUCUUCGCUCAACGACUCCCAGGUGGUGGCAGUUGCGGCCGAGGGUGUGGCGGCAGUGGCCACAGCGGCAAGAGCGCCGGACGUGGGUGAAUGGGGGCCCCCUGCAGCAGCAGCAGCAGCGCUGGGAGCCGGCGGCGCGGCUAACGCAUCGCUGGAGUUGUCUUCGCAGCUGCCAGCCGGGCCGCCGGGGCUGCUGCUGUCCGCGGUGAAUCCAUGGGACGUACUGCUCUGCGUGUCUGGGACAGUGAUCGCGGGCGAAAAUGCGCUGGUAGUGGCGCUCAUAGCGUCCACACCCGCGCUACGCACGCCCAUGUUCGUGCUGGUUGGCAGCCUGGCCACUGCUGACCUGCUGGCGGGCUGUGGUCUCAUCCUGCACUUCGUGUUCCAGUACGUGGUGCCCUCAGAGACUGUAAGCCUGCUCACUGUGGGCUUCCUCGUGGCUUCCUUCGCUGCCUCGGUCAGCAGCCUGCUGGCCAUCACAGUGGACCGCUACUUGUCCCUCUACAACGCGCUCACCUAUUACUCGCGACGGACCCUGUUGGGUGUGCAUUUCCUGCUCGCCGCCACCUGGACGGUGUCCCUGGGCCUCGGGCUGCUGCCGGUGCUCGGCUGGAACUGCCUGGCAGAGCGUGCAGCCUGCAGCGUGGUGCACCCACUGACUCGCAGCCACGUGGCGCUGCUUUCUGCCACCUUCUUUGCCGUCUUUGGCAUCAUGCUGCACCUGUAUGUGCGCAUCUGCCAGGUGGUCUGGCGUCAUGCACACCAGAUCGCGCUGCAGCAGCACUGCCUGGCACCACCCCACCUUGCCGCCACCAGAAAGGGUGUGGGUACGCUGGCCGUGGUGCUGGGCACUUUCGGUGCCAGCUGGCUGCCCUUUGCCAUCUACUGCGUGGUAGGUAGCCACGAGGACCCGGCUGUCUACACCUACGCCACCCUGCUGCCCGCCACCUACAACUCCAUGAUCAAUCCCAUCAUCUAUGCCUUCCGCAACCAGGAGAUCCAACGUGCCUUGUGGCUCCUGUUUUGUGGCUGUUUUCAGUCCAAAGUGCCCUUCCGCUGGUCCCCAGUGAGGUCUGAAGGCUCCCCAUCCUACCAACACCCCACCCCCAACAAGCCAGCCUUUGAUGAACUUUUCUGUGCCUGCUGGUGA